ACUCCCAGGGGUGCCUCUGAGCGCUGCCAUGGCCGCGGGUGUCAUCCAGCCCCUGGCCGAGCUGCGGCUGCCCUCGCCCUUCCCGCACGGCCUGCUGCUGCCCACGCACCCUGAGCCCGACUUCCCCGACCUCUCCGAGGAGGAGGAGGAAGAAGAAGAAGAGGAGGAAGAAGAAGAGGAGGAAGAGGAGGAGGACGUGGAAGCAGUGGGGGAGAGCGUGAGGCCGGAGCUGGCCGGAGUCUCCAGCACUGCCGAGACCACGCUGCGUCUCCUCAAGUUCUCGGAGCUCAUCAGCUGCGACAUCCAGCGGCCCAGCUGA